UCCAGCCUAGACACACUUCCUCUCUGCUGCUCUUUUUCAUUUCCAUUUUUUCCCCCCCUCUCAAUGGUUUUGUUUGCUCGCCUGUUGGUUACUACUGUGUGUGUGUGUGUGUGUGUGUGUGUGUGUGUGUGUGUGUGUGUGUUUGUGUGUGUUUUCAUUGGGGAUUCGGACACCGAGAGGAUGCGCUUUUUGGAGGAACAAAUACUCAAAGUUGUCUCUUCGGCCGGUCCGGGGUUGUUUUAGUGGAUAAAUACAUGUUCUUCAGGUUGGAAUGAACAAUGUUGCGUAUCCUUGGUGCUCUGGCCGAGGACAUGCUCUGGUUUCGGCUACUGUUGCUGUGCGUCGUGGAGUUGGAGCUGGGAGCUGGGCUUUCUACUUUCCAGGGUUUCUAUCUUCCACCUGCGAACGGGUCGCUUCUCGCACCUGCCCGGAGGACAGACGGAGUCGUGCGGACCAUUGACCGGAUUUACCACGGAGGUGGGAAGGUGGGCUACCUGGUGUACCUGGAUGGGAGCCGGUUUCAGCUGGACAUGGAGCGGGACGAGUCGGUGCUGUCGCAUCACUUCAGCCCCCAGUAUGUGCUCGCUAUGAUGGGGGACAGCCCUGCGCCUUUGCAGCGGGAAUGCGUGUACCGUGGGACAGUGGACUCCAACCCGGAGUCCCUGGCCGUCUUCAACCUCUGCGGCGGGGGUCUCGAGGGCUUCUUCGCCGUGGACCACGCGCGCUACUCCAUCACGCCUAUCGUCAGGGCGAAGGGACACGAGCACGACGUGCGUGCCCUGCACGACAAAGACGCGGAGAGCGCGCUCCACGUGUUCACGCGCGAAGGUUUCAGCUUCGAGGCCAUGCGCGAGGGGCGCGAGAGCUGCGGGACGCGCGACGGGCGCAGGGGACGCAGGCAUGCGGCGGGGAAACGCCGGCACAGAGGUCGCGGGAAGGGGACACUGGGCAAAGAGAGACUCGCGGAGGAGAGCGCAGAUGAGCACGGCGCGCGCGGGCGAACGUGGUGGAGCCGGUUCGCCAAAGCAGCAGCUGCUCCGGAACCUGGCACACGGAGCAAGAGGUCAGUCUCUCGCGCCAGGCACGUGGAGCUGCUCCUGGUGGCCGACGACACCAUGACCAAGAAAUACGGCAAGGACCUGAAUCACUACCUGCUCACACUGGCCUCCAUCGCGUCCAAGCUGUACGGGCACGCCAGCAUCGAGAACCCCAUCCGGCUGUCGGUGGUGAAAGUGACCGUGGUCGCUGAGAAGGAGAAGGGGCUCGAUGUGUCUAAGAACGCGGCGGCGACACUGAAAAGCUUCUGCAAGUGGCAGAACCAACAGAACCCGCUGGACGACGACCACCAGCACCACCACGACGCCGCCAUCCUCUUCACCAGGCAGGACCUCUGUGGCCACCACUCCUGUGACACCCUGGGCAUGGCAGACGUCGGCACCAUCUGCUCUCCGGAGAGAAGCUGCGCCGUCAUCGAGGACGACGGGCUUCACGCUGCGUUUACAGUCGCGCAUGAGAUAGGCCACCUGCUCGGCUUGUCCCAUGACGACUCCAAGUUCUGCGAAGAGCGUUUCGGAGUGAACAGUGACAAGCGGCUAAUGUCCUCCAUCCUCACCUCCAUAGACGCCUCCAAACCCUGGAGCCGCUGCACCUCGGCCACCAUCACAGACUUCUUUGACGACGGCAACGCUGAGUGUCUUCUAGACUCUCCUCGCCAGCCCCUGCUGGGCCCUGAGGAGCUCCCUGGGCAGAGCUACGACGCCGUCCACCAGUGUCGCCUGGCCUUCGGCCCUGAGUACACCGUCUGCCCGGGCAUGGACGUAUGUUCUCGCCUGUGGUGCGCCGUGAUUCGCCAGGGGCAGAUGGUGUGUCUGACCAAGAAGCUGCCGGCCGUGGAGGGAACGCCCUGCGGGAAGGGACGCAUCUGCCUGCAGGGGAAGUGUGUGGACAAGACCCGCAAGAGACACUACUCGGCGUCUAACCACGGCAGCUGGAGUUCCUGGGGUCCUUGGGGUGGGUGCUCCAGAACUUGCGGAGGCGGGGUGCAGUUCGCCCAACGCCUGUGCAACAACCCGCCACCACGUAACAACGGGCGCUACUGCACGGGGAAGAGAGCCAUCUAUCGGUCCUGCAACGUCACACCAUGUCCAGCAUCAAAUAAAAGUUUCCGGCAGGAGCAAUGUGAAGUGCGCAACGGUCCCCAGACAGAUCCUAAAGGGGUGAAGACCUUUGUUGAGUGGGUGCCUAAGUACGCAGGAGUCCUCCCUAAAGAUGUGUGCAAGUUGACCUGCAGAGCAAAUAGGACAGGAUACUAUGUGGUGUUCUCUCAUAGGGUGGUAGACGGGACCGAGUGUCGUCCCUAUAGCAGCUCGGUAUGCGUGAAAGGGAAGUGUGUACGGACAGGCUGUGACGGCAUCAUUGGCUCCAAGCUCCAGUUUGAUAAGUGUGGUAUAUGUGGAGGUGACAGCACAGGAUGUAUACGCGUUGUGGGCAACUUCACCAAGAAGAGUAAGGGAUACACUGACGUGGUGAAGAUCCCUGCAGGCUCCACCCACAUCAAGGUUCGUCAGCACAAGGCCAAGGACCAGACCCGCUACACCGCCUACCUGGCCCUCCAACGGCCCAACAACGAGUACCUCCUUAACGGCAAGUUCGUCAUCUCCACCUCAGAGACAAUCAUCGUCCUCAACGGUUCUGUGCUUAACUACAGCGGCUGGAGCCAAAGGGACGAGUCGCUCCACAGCAUGGGUCCCCGGGCCCUCGAAGAAGCCUUGGUGGUCCAGAUUCUAGCAACAGAUGCUAAAAAGCCUCUGGAUGUUCAUUAUAGCUUCUUCAUGCCGCGCCAAACAGCCCCACAGCAGCCAUCAGCUCCGCUUAUCCCCAAACCAAAGUUGACCCUUCCACAGAGCACUACAAGGGUGUCAACCACAACGAGAACCACCACCACCACCACCACCAGUAGCACCACUACAUCUUUCUCCACUUCCCCUGUCCUGGUCUCAGGUCCACCGACAGCUCCAGGUCCCUCCACCCCCACCCCGGGGCCCCACUGGGUAACGGGAUCCUGGAUGACCUGCUCCAGGACUUGUGACACUGGCUGGCAGAGCCGGACAGUGCAGUGUAAGGACCAGGAUGGAAAACUGUCCAAGGGCUGCAUGUUAGGUGCCCGACCCUCCGCCUUCAAACACUGUCUGGUGAAGAAAUGUUGAGGCGGCAGGAGAAGAAAAAUGAUUUGUAAGACAAGAAACGAUUGAUUGGAAGAAGUUUAAUCUGUACAUCUGAUAAAGGUCUUAAGUGCUGGAUGUAGGACUAUGGACCAAGGAAUUGAAGAACCUUUAACAGGACUGUGAAUGUUGGCUAAAGGGCGUGGACCAGAUACACAGAGACUCAGAGACAGAUUGUCACGACUAAAUUGACUAAAUGCCAGAGGAAUGUCCUGGAAUCAGCCUGGUCUCACAGAAUUCCGUGAAAUGAUCACGAACUGUUAACACCGCAUUACGUGGUGGUGGCACGGAAUGUGUGAAAAUUCCGUGUGGCCACCACGAAAAGCCAUGGCAAUGUAAAGUAAUAUAUACAAUACACGUAGCAUUAGGAGCAACUACGGUAGUGAGUAAUAUGAAAGGCCGAAAAUCCGCGUAGGGAGAUUGGUUGGGGUGGUGGAUGGGUCAAACAA